AUGUCGUCAAUUUUCAAUCCCCACAAGCGUCGGGCGUCUGUGGCCAAAGAAAAGGAAAAAGACAAAGACAAAAAAAGAGAGCGUAAGGGUUCUCAAUCUGAAGAUGAACGGAAAGAGAAUGAAAAAAAGGAGAUGGAAUUCCUAUCGAAAAAUUACACGUCGGACUUUGUAAAAUACAAACUUGACAACCAACCAGGCGAGCUCAUCACGUGCAGUGAGUGUAUCAAGCUUGUGAUGAAAAAUGUUUCUACAGCUUCCGAAAGAGCCGGUGAUACUUUAGAAAAGUUUUUGGAUUCGGUACGUAAUCGAACGAUGACGGAAGAGAACAAGUCCCAUUUCAAGAUGGUUGUUGCUGAAAUGCUUUCAACGGAAAAGAUCCACUUAACUGGUCUAGACAUAUUAAACACAGUCUUUUUGGAGCCGAUGAAGAAGGUAGGAAGUGAUGAAGCCAAAAGUGUCGCAUCGAAUGUGCAAGGCUCUAUUAACAUCGUCGUACAGCUUCACACCAAAUUCCGAUCGAUCAUGGAAGAAAGUUUUAAAGAUCUUUCCCCGGAGGGUCUUCCCCUCUUUAACACCCAAUUCUCUAAACAACUUUCACUUUUGAAAAUGGGGUCGAGUUAUAUGACAAAGUAUACACAGUACUUAGAACAGACGACUAAUAUACUCAAGAAGGAAAAGGAUGUUGUCAAAGCACAGAACAAAGCAAAGGAAGACUAUAUUGCUGCACACUCUGAUGUUAAUAAUAUCCAAGCCAUCUCAUUCUAUUUGAUUCUUCCUAUUCAAAGAAUUCCAAGAUACGAACUCUUGAUCAGAGAUAUGCUUAAAGACGCGGGUAAAGACUACUCGGGCCUUGAAAGUCUGAUUAAAGCUUAUAAUGAUGCUAAAGAGAGUGCAAAGGCAUCAAACACACUUAAAACACAACUUGAAGAACAAGACAAAUUGAAGUUCUUAAAAGGGAUCAUUAAGGGAUCUCUGAAAUUUGGAGAGUCGACCACAAGAAAGUUCAUGUGCUGCGGACCAAUGUACUGGAUCCCAAAUUUGCAGGAACCACCAAAAGAGCUUUUCUAUUACUUCUUGUUCAACGACAUUUUGAUCCAAACGAAGCCAAAGAAGUUCCAUGGAGAGUCUGUUAAGAAGCAAGAUGGGGAUAUGGCGUCUUGGUUGUAUAGUAGAGAAGUAGACAUGGAGAUGAAAGAUUUAGAGAAUUGUCAGUUUGAAGUGACGGAUGAGUGGGACGUCAGUGCUGGGUGGUGGAUUGUUAGUAUCAAAGGGUCAUCAGCCGUUCCAUACCCAAUCAACUUGUUGAUGAACAAUUUGGGACUGAACUGGAAAUUUGCGGUGAACACUGAAGAAGAAAAGAACUGUUGGGAGAGUAUCAUCUACGACCAGGUACUUGCAAGAAAGAAAACACUUGAAAACUUGUCGACACGAAAGAAACACUCGACGACUGUUUCGACAGUGACCCCCACCAUUAGACAAAAAUUUGUGACCAUAGAUUCGGAGUUUAUUAAGUACAAAGUGCCAAAUAAUAUGGAAUUGGUGACAUGUGGAGAUACCAUUAAAAACGUAAUUAAGUCGGUGAUAGCGACGUGUAACUCCUCGAGUGACAAUGUUGUGAAAAUGAAGGAGUACGUGCACAACAGAACGAUGACGGAUGAGAACAAGUCCCAUUUCAAAAUGGUGUACAAUGAAAUGCUGUCUUCAGAGAAGGUCCACUAUCUUGGGUUUGACAUUCUGGAUAAAGUGUAUUUGGAACCAAUGAAAAAUGCUGGAAGUUCGGAAGCGAAAAGUGUUGCGACGAGUAUUGAAAGCGCAAUUAAGAUGUUGGGCUCAGUCAGUAAAAACUUCCAAGCGCUCAUGGAAGAAGGGUUGAAGGACUUGACUAAAAGUGGUCUUCCCCAGUUUAAUGCUAAGUUCACUGGUCAACUUGGUCUGUUGAAAAUGGGUUCGAGUUACAUUACUAAGUAUACACAGUACUUAGAACAGACGACUAAUAUACUCAAGAAGGAAAAGGAUGUCGUCAAAGCACAAGACAAAGCAAAGGAAGACUACAUGGCCGCACACUCUGAUGUAAAAAACAUCCAAGCCAUCUCAUUCUAUUUGAUUCUUCCUAUUCAAAGAAUUCCAAGAUACGAACUCUUGAUCAGAGAUAUGCUUAAAGAUAUCGGCAAAGAUUAUGCGGCAAUGGACAAUUUGAUUAAAGCAUUUGAAGUCGCGAGAGAUAGCGCAAAGGCAUCAAACACACUUAAAACACAACUUGAAGAACAAGACAAAUUGAAAGCGGUGUUAAGCAUGAUUGACAUUCAACUCGAUGUUCUUCCAAGCCGAAGGUUCCUUUGUUGCGGCCCGCUGUAUUUGGUAGUUAAUUUGGUCAGUCGCCCGACGGCACAGAACUUCUUCUUUUUAUUCACCGAUCGGUUGAUUGGGUGUAAUGUGAAAAAAAUGAAAGGGAAGGAUGUCAAAGACGAGAAGUCGAAAGAAGAAGCGAUGGAAGCGUUGUGUAAGUUGAACUCACUUGAUGAGAUCAUAGCAGAACAGUACGUCUUUGAGAAAGUGACCGACACGAUCAUCACAGAAGGGAGUGGCAUUUAUGCGAUUGAAGACACUGAAAAGGUCAAAAAUAUCAUUCACUGCAAAUUGAACCAAAUUCCAUACAAAUUCUCAUGCGAAACAAAAGAAGAGGCGGAGGUUUGGAAUUCCCUUUUGUUUGACCAGAUCCAACGAUUGAACCACAACGCCAAACAAAAACAGUAA